GAUAAACUAGAUAAGGUUAUCAACUGCUUCUGCAAUCUAUCUUUAGAUUGUCUCUGCUCUGCUUGUAGCAGAAGAACAAAAAGAUAAACUCUUCUCUUUAGAAGAAUCAGAAGAAAGAAGAAAAUGUUAAGUCUUGCAGUGGGUUCUUCAGCAGCAGCCACCAUGGCCAAGCUUUCCACGAAUUGCAGCUAUGGCAAAGCCUUAUUGGCUCAAAAUCCAACCACAACCACACAAUUUGGGUUCAAUGGAUCCCAACCACCUUCGCAUCUCUUCAUCUCCACCACCAGACCCAUUUCCUCUUUUAAGACUGCUGUUGCUGCUGUCGAGUCUAAUGAGCUCGGUUCCUCUUCCCCUAAUCCUCCUGACAAGAAACAACCCAACAAGUAUUAUUUCGUUGUUGCAAAUGCAAAAUUCAUGCUGGAUGAAGAGGAACACUUUCAGGAACUCAUGUUUGAGCGUCUUCGUUAUUAUGGAGAGCGAAACAAAGAGCAGGACUUCUGGCUUGUGAUUGAGCCUAAGUUCCUUGAUAAAUUCCCUAACAUUACCAAUAGGUUGAAGAGACCUGCUGUUGCUCUAGUCUCCACUAAUGGUCCAUGGAUCACGUUUAUGAAAUUAAGAUUGGACCGGGUUUUAUCUGAUAGCUACGAAGCUGACACCUUGGAAGAAGCAUUAGCUUCCAAUCCUACCACUCUAGAGUUUGAGAAGCCAGAAAAAUGGGUAGCACCAUAUAAAAAGUAUGAAUUUGGAUGGUGGGAACCCUUCUUACCUGCUCAAUCCAAAGAAUCAAAAUUACUGGUAGUCUAAGUAGCUGCGAUCAGCAUAUGACGAUGAGGAGCUGUGAUGAUUGCUGCAAAGGUUUCGUAAUUUAGCUCCUAUGAUUUCUAGUCUAAGUGGCUCCUCUUAUGUUUAUGGAAAUCUGAUAUACCAUAUUUGUGCAAUCUCAACCCUUGAUUUAACAGUGAAUGGUAGAGAAUUUAUUGGAAA